AGAGAGGGCGGGCUCCUGCGUCUGUGCCUCCGCUUCCGGCCCCAAAGCCCCGACAAUUGGUUUGUGAUCCUUCUCAAAGGUGGAUGGAGAGGCGAGCGUAGUUUCCGCCUGUUGCUACCCUCCCCCUGUUGCUGCGCUCACCCCUUCACUGGGGUUUGGCGGCUGGAUCACGCGGAACGACGUUCGGGCAGGGCCCCCAGCCCCUGCCAUGGAUGAAGGUUGUUCCCGCAUCCGCCGGCGGGUGUCGGUCCGCAAAAGGAACCGUCCUAGCUUGGAGAACGUUUUUGCCGCCCCCACCGCGGCCGAGCUUAAGCCCGGCGAUGAGGAGGAGGAGGAGGAGGAGGAGGACGAGGAGAUGGUGGCUGGGAGCCGGCGGCGAAAAACCAUGGACGUGCAGCCGGUCGAGGUACAGCCCCGUCACCUCUCAAAUUCCCCGGAGUUCCACGUUCCAUUUCCCCUUUGGGGUGAUGAUACAAAUCCAGGUCUCCCACUGCGCAUGCUCACUGAAAGAGGCGUGGGAGACCAGCUGAAGAAGGCUGAAGAGGACCUGUUUGGUGACUAUGAUAGCUUUGCUGAAAACUCUUUUUUAGCUCAAGUUGAUGACCUGGAACAAAAAUAUUUGCAACUUCCUGAACAUAGGAAACAUGCUACAGACCAUGCCACUGAAGAUCUUUGUUCAGAAAGCAUUAAACACAACACACUCAGCAUGACUACUGUAGGCGACUGUACUGAAUUAAAAAUAGAUGAGCACACGAAGAACCAGAGCGGGCAUGAAGAGGUCUCUAUUGAACCUGCAACUGAUGUUUUGUAUGAUAUACCUUCUUCACAGGUUUUAUUCUUUGAAAAUUUAUAUAACUCUUCAAAUGAUUUGGGUGAUCCAUCUACUGAAGAGAGGGAUUGGAACUCAUCCUCUCACAAGACUGUGAACAAGGAAUUGCCCAUUAAUAACGUAGAGCAACCACAGCAAACUGAUGAAUCCUCUUCUAAAGUCAGAACUAGUUCAGAUGCGAAUAGGAGAAAAAGUCUUAAAGAUCAUCUAAAAAAUACCAUGACUGGAAAUGCCAAGGCCCAAACACCAGUAUUUUCUAGGACUAAACAGCUCAAAGAGACUCUCCUAUCUGAAGAAAUUAAUGUUGCUAAGAAAACAAUUGAGUCAUCAUUAGAUGACCUUGGUCCUUUUUAUUCAUUACCCAGCAAAGUGAGAGACCUUUAUGUUCAGUUCAAGGGAAUUGAAAAAUUAUAUGAAUGGCAACAUGCUUGCUUAACAUUGAAUUCUGUGCAAGAAAGAAAAAAUUUAAUAUAUUCCUUGCCAACAAGUGGUGGAAAAACCCUCGUGGCUGAGAUUUUAAUGCUGCAAGAACUGCUUUGCCGGCGAAAAGAUGUUUUAAUGAUCCUACCAUACGUGGCAAUUGUUCAAGAAAAGAUUUCAGGUUUGUCAAGUUUUGGUAUAGAACUGGGUUUCUUUGUUGAAGAAUAUGCUGGAAGCAAAGGAAAAUUUCCUCCAAUUAAAAGAAGGGAAAAGAAAUCACUAUAUAUUGCUACUAUUGAAAAAGGACAUAGUCUGGUGAACUCCUUGAUUGAAACCGAAAGGAUUAACAGUCUGGGUCUGGUUGUUGUAGAUGAGUUGCACAUGAUUGGUGAAGGAAGCCGUGGGGCUAUACUGGAAAUGACUCUAGCAAAAAUCCUCUACACUAGCAAAACAACUCAAAUUAUUGGUAUGAGUGCAACAUUAAACAAUGUUGAAGACCUACAAGAGUUCCUGCAAGCAGAAUAUUACACGAGUCAGUUUAGACCAGUUGAAUUAAAAGAGUAUCUGAAAAUAAAGGACGCAAUAUAUGAGGUUGACAGCAAAGCUGAGAAUGGCAUGACUUUUUCACGUCUCCUUAACUAUAAGUAUUCUGAUACUCUGAAAAAGAUGGAUCCUGAUCACUUGGUAGCAUUGGUGACAGAAGUUAUUCCCAAUUAUUCCUGCUUAGUUUUUUGCCCCACUAAGAAGAACUGUGAAAACGUAGCAGCAAUGAUAUGCAAAAUUUUAAGCAAGGAAUAUCUGAAACACAAAGAGAAAGAAAAACAUGAGGUGAUUAAGAACUUGAAGAAUAUCAGCAGUGGCAACCUGUGUCCUGUUUUAAAGCACACCAUCCCAUUUGGAGUUGCUUAUCACCAUAGUGGCUUAACGAGUGAUGAAAGGAAGCUCUUGGAGGAGGCCUACUCCGCAGGAGUUCUCUGCCUUUUUACCUGCACAUCCACCCUAGCAGCAGGUGUUAACCUACCAGCUCGAAGAGUUAUUUUAAGAGCCCCCUAUGUUGCUAAAGAAUUUUUAAAGAGGAGUCAAUAUAAACAGAUGAUUGGCAGGGCUGGCCGUGCUGGAAUAGAUUCUACUGGGGAGAGUAUCCUUAUAUUGCAAGAAAAAGACAAGCAACAGGUAUUGGAGUUAAUAAGCAGACCAUUGGAAAACUGUUAUAGCCAACUUGUUCAAGAAUUCACCAAGGGAAUCCAAACUUUGUUUCUCUCUUUGAUUGGUUUGAAGAUUGCAACAAAUCUUGGUGACAUAUAUCACUUUAUGAGUGGUACAUUUUUUGGUGUUCAGCAGAAGAUUUUGUUGAAAGAAAGAAGUCUCUGGGAAAUAACUGUCGAAUCACUUAGAUACUUGACAGAAAAAGGACUCCUACAAAAAGAUACUAUUUUGACAGAAAAAGGACUUCUACAAAAAGACACUAUUCAUGGGUCUGAAGAAGAGUUCCAAUAUAGUUUUCACAUUACAAAGUUGGGACGAGCUUCUUUUAAGGGAACUAUAGAUUUGGCUUAUUGUGACAGUCUCUACAGAGACUUGAAGAAAGGUCUUGAAGGACUUGUGCUUGAAAGCCUUCUUCAUCUAAUUUACCUAACAACUCCCUAUGAUAUGGCUUCUCAGUGUGACCCUGAUUGGAUGAUAUACUUCAGGCAGUUUAGCCAGCUCAGCCCAGCAGAACAAAAUGUGGCUGUUCUGGUUGGAGUCUCUGAGAACUUUAUUGGGAAGAAAGCAUCAGGUCAAGCUAUCAGGAAGAAGGUGGACAAGAAUAUUGUCAACAGACUAUACCUGUCUUUUGUUCUUUAUACCUUGCUCAAAGAGACCAACAUUUGGAGUGUGUCUGAAAAAUUCAAUAUGCCUCGAGGAUAUAUACAAAACCUUCUCUCUGGAGCUGCCGCAUUCUCCUCUUGUGUGUUACAUUUCUGUGAGGAACUUGAGGAGUUCUGGGUUUAUAGAGCCCUUUUGGUAGAACUUACCAAGAAGUUGACUUACUGUGUAAAGGCAGAGCUAAUCCCUCUCAUGGAAGUGACUGGAGUUUUAGAGGGUCGAGCAAGACAGUUAUACAAUGCAGGUUAUAAAAGUCUGAUGCACUUAGCUAAUGCAAAUCCUGAAGUGCUGAUAAAAACAAUUGAUCAUUUAUCAAGACGCCAGGCCAAGCAAAUUGUUUCAUCAGCCAAGUUGCUGUUGCAUGAGAAAGCAGAGGCUUUGCAAGAAGAAGUAGAAGAGUUAUUGAGACUGCCUUCUGAUUUCCCUGGUAUUGUGGCCUCUUCUCUUGAAAAGGCAUGAAACUGUCAGAUGAACAUUUUUAAGUAUGAAUUAUUUAUUGUACAUAUGUUUUAUUAAAGAUUCCCUGUAAUU